AUCUUUACCUUCUGUACUACAAUAAAUACUAAAUAUUGGUUCCAAGGCAGAAGAGUGGCAAAGGCUAGUCAACUGAAGUCAAGUGACUUGCCCAGGGUCACACAUCUAGGAAGUGUCUGGGGCCAUAUUUGAACCCAGGACCUCCUGUCUCCAGGCCUGACUGAGCCACUUAGUUGUCCCCGGAGAUAUACAAUUAAUGCUAAAAACUAAACAAAUGAAAAACCACGACUCCCAAACCGAAACAAAACCCACAGACAAAAACAAAAGCCAGUAAUAAUUCCCUAUAUUAGUAUAUAGAUCAGACAAAGCACAUUUGAACCCUAGAUAAAGUAGGAACACGAUUUUCUCCCUUUAAAAUUAAAGUUUAAUUUCAGUUAAUAGAGUUAAUCAUAGUGAAAUAAAAUCAGUGUUAAAAACUCCCACCUACACCUUCCAGAAGGGCGGAGACUGGCUCCAGAGAGCUUGGGGGCCAAGAACAAGGUCACAAUUCAUAAAGUCAGAACUCGUGGAACAUAGAAUGGCAGACCUGGAAGAAGCCCAUCAGCUCCUCUAACUCUCUUCCUUUAUUUACUGAAGCUUCGGAAGUCCAAAAAGUGACUUGGUUUCUUUGGCCAGUCCAUGAUCACGUCCUCGUCUAUGCACUCGGGAACAGAACUUUCCCACUUCCAUUCCAGGGGGUCCUUCACCCAACUUUAGAGCAAGUGUCUCCGUGCUGGUGAGGUCCCAAACCUCCUCCAGAGCUUCCUGGGCAAGCUACGGAAGCUGCCCCCGCCCCCGGUCCCGCCUCCCCGGUCCCGCCCCGACAGGUGUGCUCCGAUUUUUAAAGGUCGGGACUGCCCACUAGUGCCCAAGGUAUGUAAGCUGGGCUUCUCCCCCAUCCCCCAGUCAUAGACCGUAGGUAAGCCCUUGUCAGCUUCUCCUCCUCACCUUCCCUAACAGCCAUGGGCAACAGAAUCCCUCGGGGAGACUUUGAAUGGGUUUACACAGAUCAACCCCACACUCAGCGGCGCAAGGAGAUUUUGGCUAAGUAUCCAGCCAUCAAAUCAUUAAUGGGCCCAGAUCCACACUUGAAAUGGAUUGUGUCCUGCAUGGUGCUGAUCCAGUUCUGCGCUGGUUACCUGGUCAAAGACUUAUCUUGGCAAUGGCUCUUCUUCUGGGCUUAUGCCUUUGGGGGCUGUGUGAACCACUCCUUGACUCUGGCCAUCCAUGACAUCUCUCAUAACGUGGCCUUUGGCAACAAAUUUAUUCAGUGGAACCGCUGGUUUGCAGUCUUCGCCAACCUCCCUAUUGGCUUGCCAUACUCCGCUUCUUUCAAGAAGUAUCACGUUGAUCACCACCGCUACCUGGGUGUUGACAAACUCGAUGUGGACCUCCCCACAGACUUUGAGUGUUGGUUCUUCUGCACUCCAAUGAGGAAGCUCCUCUGGCUUUUCCUACAACCAAUUUUUUAUGCCCUGCGACCAUUCUUGUUGAACCGCCUCGCUAUUACGCAGAUGGAGGUCUUCAAUUUCCUAACCCAGCUUGCAGUCAACUUUAUGAUCUAUACAUUGUGGGGGGUGAAGCCACUUGUGUAUUUUAUUGUAGGCACUUUCCUCUGCAUGGGACUUCACCCCUUUUCUGGCCACUUCAUUGCUGAGCACUAUGUGUUCAUGAAGGGCUAUGAGACCUGUUCCUACUAUGGGCCCCUCAACUGGAUUACCUUUAAUGUGGGCUACCACAUGGAGCACCAUGACUUCCCCAGUAUCUCAGGUCUCAAGCUGCCCAUGGUGCGGAAAAUUGCUCCUGAGUAUUAUGAUAACCUCCCAUAUCACAAUUCCUGGGUCCAGGUGAUAAGGGACUUUAUCUUCAAUGACUCCUUGGGGCUUUCCUCCAGGGUAAAGAGGAGCCCCAAGAAAGCCUUGAAAACCUUCUAGUCUGCCUUCCAUUCAAUUGUUGGGGCCAACUUGGACUAAGUUCUGAGAACUAAAUUGCCGGGGGAAAAAAAAUUGGCCUAGAAGUCUUCUAUGUGAAUGGAGAACCUGAGUUGGUUUUUGAACAUGUCCUUUUUUAAAUAGAGCAGAAACCACAAAACCCACCUAUGCCUGUCCUGCCUCCAGGAAGCUCCCAUUAUACUCUCAGUAGGGGACCAGGAGCCACAACCUGCUGGAUUUUUUUGCUUCAGUCAUGAGAAACAGGAAAGUGGAAAGAUGGAAUUCUCCAUCUGUACUGAUAUAGCAGCAAAGAAUUUUGGUUUUUGAGUCAGGGAAUCUGGAUGCUACUUUUAUUGUACCUUGGGCAAAUCCAUUCACUUUUCUGGACCAGAAUUGGUCUGAGAAAGUUAAGACUUAGAUGAUCUCUAAGAUUCCUUCUAGCUCUAAAUCCUGUGAUCUGCUAUCCUGUGGCAGGUGGCAGAGAGGAGGAGGAGGAGGGAGAUGAUUAACUUUCCUUGGAGGUGGGGCUCCUUAUACUCGUCUCAGGUUAUUAAUAUUUUUCUGUUUCAAACAAGUUUAGGUCCAUGCAGGGGAACUGGUUCUUCAGCAUUUUCAUUCCCCAGUGCCUUUUGGCUGCUUGUUUCUGAGCGCAUGCCACAGCUGGUCUCUAGGGCAUCAGAUUAGAGCUGGAAGAGAUGUUAGAUUCAUCCAAUAUAGGCUAUUAGAAUCAUUGGAGGGAAAGGAGGUAGGGAGCGGGGCUUAGAGAUCAUCUGGGUCUCAUUUUUCAGCUGAGGAAACUGAAACCCAGAGAGUACCAGAAAUAAACUUACUCUGCUGGCAGAUCUGGUCCCAAAAUAAUCCAGAUCUCUUGCCAGUGUCUUUCUAUCUUAUCAAGCCUGCUUCCUGGGGGUAUCUUCAUUUGAAUAGAGGCAUUUUUUCAAGACCCCAAGGAAUUAAAUUAUUUAAUAUUAUUUUUUAAACCCUUACAUUCCAUCUUAGGAUUAAUACUAAGAAUUGGUUCCAGGGAAGAAGAGUGGUAAGGGCCAGGCAAUUGGGGUUAAGUGAUAUGUCUGAAGCCAGAUUUGAAUUUAGGAUCUCCCUUCUCUAGGCUUGGCUCUCAAUGCACUGAGCCAUCAUCUAGCUGCUCCCAGUAUAAAGUUGUGAUGGCAGUAUAACAGGCACUCAGUGGAAAAGGGAGAGACAUAUUUGGGUCAGGGUGCUCUGUGCCUGCUCAUCUCAUACCACUCCUUUACACCUGACAUGCGGUCCUUAGGACCGGUGGAUGUGGCUCCAUCCAGGUAACUUCUGGGUGACUGGAUGGUCGCAGACAUCAGCCUACUUCUUGGGGCAAAGGCUGCCUGGCACCCCAACUCCUGCAAAUUGAGUUCCCUAGUAAGUCAGUUUCUCUGAGGGAACCCUGGAAAGGAUCCUGCUAAGCUAAGUGAGAUGAUUUGGAAAGAGCUAUGGGUUCAAAGGCAGGAGCUUGGGUUCCUGCACUGCCACCAGCACCUUGUGUGACCUUGAAAGUCAUUUCCCCUCUUUGGGUCUCAGGUUUCCCCAUCUUGUAAGAUUACGUGAUUGAACAGAUGCUCUCUAAGACCACUUUAAGCACUGACAUUCUAUAGCAGUAGGGUUCCAGGACUGCCAUAGGAAUUUCCUUUCUAUGAUGAUUGAAGUCUUUAAACUUUGGCAAGUUUUGUUUUUCUCUCCUGGUAUUUCUCAGUGUCUAAAUAGCCUGUUAUGAUUUAAGGCUCUUUAGACACUGAGAAAAAUGGUAUAGGGAGGCAGGAAGGUGGGCUUUCUACCACUUUGAGGACUGAAAUCCUCUAGUAGUUCAUUAUUUCCUUACUGCUCUCUUCCCAACAACAGUAGACUGGCCACUGCCAUGACGCAGAAAGCCUGGGAUCCCAAGACCCAGAGAGUUGUAAACUAGAGCCUGUGAUCCAACUCUUCCCCUUUGCUCCCCAAAGGAUGCUACUGUAUCACCUGGGCACUGAAGGGGGGAGGUCUACCUAAGCUGCCCCUUUUCUCAGCACCUGAAUAGCCUUUGAGAAUUUGUAUUAUUAUGGACAAGUUCCAGUCUUCCUGAUGAAAUGUCCUCAGUCAUCAAAGGUCAUUGUACUCAGAGGCAAGGGACCUGGAUUUGAAUCUUAGAUCUGUCACUAACAUGCUGGGGACUGUGAAUGAUUCCAUUCCUCUCUCUACAUCUCUUUAAUAAGGCUCCUUGUAACUCUGAUAUUCUACAUUCCAUCACUCCAAGCUCCCUUCCAGCUUUGAUAUUUUAUGAGUCUAAUGUUUAUAUAGCAACUUGUGCUUUUCAGAGCAACUUCCAAAAAUUCUCUGGAGCUCAUUCACAGGGUCACCAGCCAUGAAGGGGUAGGAAAAAUAUCAACAAAUUGGUGUAUGGGCCAUUCCAUUGGAUGGUUUGGCCUGUGGGGCUCUGUCUUGUGAGAAACAAAUGCAACAAUUGUCUGAAACUCUUGUGUUUCUGAAAGUUAUCUGGAAUUAAAAUAAAAUGAUUAAACCUUUGGUUUUCAA